AUGGCCGAGACACCAAACUACUCGAACACUGACCAGGUCCUAGCCCGACCUAAAGCACAUCCAGCUUGUAGAUAUCACCAAGAGACACAACUAGAAUUUCACUGUAGACAUUGUGAUGUUCUUGUUUGUAGUGAAUGUUUGUCUGUAAGACACAAAUAUCACUCCGUAUGUAAAAUUGGUGACAUCAUUCCUGAGAGAAAGCAAGACAUUAAAAAUCUUGUUGAAAGAACCGAAAAUUAUGAACUGGUUAAAGUUCGUGAAUAUAUCGUAUCUACUGAGACACAACUCGAGGACAAUGACAGCUAUUUUGAGAAGCUUACAUUUGAUUUGAAAACACAAACAAACAAAUUAAAAGAAGAUUUAGAUCUGCUUGCAGGACAGACGAUUUCUAUAUUUUGUCAGAUGAAGGAGGAUAACGCUAGGCUCUUACAAAUCUACAAACAGGAUCUUGAGAUCUACGAAACACAGCUUCAGCAGCAGUUGCAAGAAAGUAAGACUUUACUUCAUCGAGGCACGGAUAUCGAAGUAUAUCAUUUUGGAUGCACGGCUCGCUAUGACAGCAUCUCACCCGUGAAACCCAUACUUCGUUCUGCCAGCUUCAAAAUAAACGCAGAUUAUCUACCCAGCUUAAAACAGGCUUUGGGUGAUAUGGUCACUGGUAAGGAUCAACCUUCAGAUGACCAAAAUCUCUCAUCAGUAUCAUCUUCGUACCGUUCCCCACAAAUGGAGGAAGAAUCGAAUGAAAGUGAGAGCUCAAUGUCAAGUCACUAUCGACAAUCAGAAAUGUUACCACAGGCCAAGGUGCUGAAGGAGUACAAGACUCCACGCAUGAUAUCCGCCAUGUGUCAUACUAUUGAUGGGCAGGUGUGGAUCAGCUAUCUUAACAGUGGAUCCGUGGCUUUACUGGAUAGGACAGGCCUCGUAAAGGGCGUUCUGAGGCACGUCCUUAACAUCAAAGACAUUAGUGUUUCGCCUGCAACAAACGCUCUUUGGGCCUGUCAAACGAAGGACAGAAGCAUCAUGGAGCUCGUAUCAGGAGAACUUGUGCUCAGAUUCAAAACCAAGAUAGAACCAGUGUGUAUGUGUGUUACAGUCAGUAACCAUGUAAUUGUCGGGAUGGCUAAAAACAUCUCCAAAUUUACCACAAAAGGUAAAGUAGUGCUCACCACUCUGGCAACUGGGACCAAAAAACCAUUGGUUUGCACCCCAUUGAAAAUCUCAGAGUGUCCCGUUACGAACCAUGUUGCAGUGAUUGAUGAAGAUUUUAAAGACCAUGGCGGUGAAGGAAAACGAAAUGUCGUUGUCAUGGACACUGAUUUCCAGGAACUAUUUCGUUACCGAGGGGAGAUACCGACUACCUGUCAACACACUGAGGAGUCAGAAUCGCGUUUAUUCAUCUGCUAUGGCAUCGGGUUUGACAGACUAGGAAAACUCAUCAUUGGAGAUCAUUACAACAACAGAAUCCUACUCCUCAGUGGACGUGGAGACUUCCUCAGAGUCCUUCAUACAGACAAAUUUUCCACGUCGGUUGUCAGUGUGACUCGUGAAAAUGUCGUGUUUGCAGUGUUCAACGGUGACCGUGUCAGGUUAUUGCAGUAUUACAGCAAGUGA